GCAGGGGGCGUGGCGUGUCACGGCGCCUGCGCGCACGGGCUGCGGGCCUGGCUCCCGCGAGAGCGCGCGCGUCGCAAGAUGGCGGCGGCCAUGCGAGGUCUUCGGGCUGUGUGCGCGCAGCGAGUAGCUGCGCGGCCAGAACAGCCACGGGGGCGACUGCACUAGCCUGGCCCUCAGUCAGUCUUCUCGGACGCCACCCCCCGCCUCCGCCCGCUUCGUUCGAGAUGGAUCUGGCCGUGGGCCCCGGCACAGCGGGGCCCAGCAACGUCCCGGCCUUCUUGACCAAGUUGUGGACCCUCGUGAGCGACCCGGACACCGAUGCGCUCAUCUGCUGGAGCCCGAGUGGGAACAGCUUCCAUGUGUUUGACCAGGGCCAGUUUGCCAAGGAGGUCCUACCCAAGUACUUCAAGCACAACAAUAUGGCCAGCUUUGUACGCCAGCUCAACAUGUAUGGCUUCCGGAAAGUAGUCCACAUUGAGCAGGGUGGCCUGGUCAAGCCUGAGAGAGAUGACACCGAGUUUCAACAUCCAUGCUUCCUGCGAGGCCAGGAACAGCUCCUUGAGAACAUCAAGAGAAAAGUGACCAGUGUGUCCACCCUGAAGAGUGAGGACAUAAAGAUCCGCCAGGAUAGUGUCACCAAGCUGUUGACAGAUGUGCAGCUGAUGAAGGGGAAACAGGAAUGUAUGGACUCCAAGCUACUGGCCAUGAAGCACGAGAACGAGGCCCUGUGGCGGGAGGUGGCCAGCCUACGGCAGAAGCAUGCCCAGCAGCAAAAAGUUGUCAACAAGCUCAUUCAGUUCCUGAUCUCACUGGUGCAGUCAAACCGGAUCCUGGGGGUGAAGAGAAAGAUCCCUCUGAUGCUGAGUGACAGCAGCUCAGCACACUCUGUGCCCAAAUACGGUCGACAGUACUCCCUGGAGCAUGUCCAUGGCUCUGGUCCAUAUUCAGCUCCAUCUCCAGCCUACAGCGGCUCUAGCCUUUAUACCUCUGAUGCUGUCACCAGCUCUGGACCCAUAAUCUCUGAUAUCACUGAGCUGGUGCCCACCAGCCCUUUGGCCUCCCCAGGCAGAAGCAUAAAUGAGAGGCCCCUGUCCAGCAGCCCCCUGGUGCGCAUCAAGGAGGAGCCCCCUAGCCCACCUCAGAGUCCCCGGGUAGAAGAGGCGAGUCCUGGGCACCCAUCCUCCAUGGAUACUCCAUUAUCCCCAACUGCCUUCAUUGACUCCAUCCUGCGGGAGAGUGAGCCUACCCCUGCUGCCUCAACCACAGCCCCUGCAGACACCGGAGCCCGUGCCCUCGUGCCUCCACCCCCCUCCACCCCUGAGAAGUGCCUCAGCGUAGCCUGCCUGGACAAUUUGGCUCGCGCUCCACAGAUGUCUGGGGUUGCCCGCCUCUUCCCCUGCCCCUCCUCUUCCUUUCUGCAUGGCCGAGUCCAGCCAGGGAACGAGCUCAGUGAUCACUUGGAUGCCAUGGAUUCCAACCUGGACAACCUGCAGACCAUGCUGACAAGCCACGGCUUCAGCGUGGACACCAGCGCCCUGCUGGACCUGUUCAGCCCCUCGGUGACCAUGCCCGACAUGAGCCUGCCUGACCUGGACAGCAGCCUGGCCAGCAUUCAGGAGCUUUUAUCUCCCCAAGAGCCCCCCAGGCCUAUUGAGGCAGAGAAUAGCAGCCCUGACUCAGGGAAGCAGCUGGUGCACUAUACAGCUCAGCCCUUGUUCCUGCUGGAUCCUGACGCUGUGGACACAGGGAGCAGCGAAUUGCCCGUGCUCUUUGAGCUGGGAGAGGGCUCCUACUUCUCUGAGGGGGACGACUACACAGACGACCCUACCAUCUCUCUGUUGACAGGCUCUGAGCCCCCCAAAGCCAAGGACCCCACUGUCUCCUAGAAGUUCCAGGAGUCAGGCAGGCUUGUGGCCAGUCGCCCACCUUAUCCCCAGGGGACAGUCAGCCCUGGAGAGGCAGGACAGGCAUGUAGUUCAGGGCAUCCUAGGUCAGCCUCUACAUCCCCAGUGAAGCACAGAUGGGACUUAGACUUGAACAGUGCUUUGGGCCAAGAGGAAGGCCCUAAGGGCUGCACACCUGCUGCCUUCACCCUGGCCCCAACGUCUUCUGGUUUGGUUGGGACUUCACAGUCACACUUCGACUGACCCCACAGGUUAUUCAUAAAAUUGUAUUUUGGAUUUUUACAUGAGAGUCCCCUUUCCCCUUCAC